CCACUGACAGUUCUGCUUGAGAUUUUGCUAACGAUCCUAGCAUCAAUCAUAGCACCCGGCUGGUUGAAACUGAACAAAACCAAAUUCGCUAUAAAUUUUGCGAUUUUUUGUUUGGCUGGAACGCAACCCUGCGCGAUGUGUCACAAAUAAUUGUACACAAAAACAUUGAUGCACAACAUCAACACGAAAAUAUCGCAUCCUAGCGGCUUGUAGUGCAUCCGAUUUGAAUUAGAGCCUGUGAUCGAAAACUCGGUUUGAUUUAGAUGUAUUACGAUGGAUGCAGCCGAGUAUCACUUCUGGCUGCAAAUUGAGAAACUAGUUGGACCAGUACCGGAAAACGUAAAACUGCUGCUGCAGUUUUCUUGCUUUUGCAAUUCGUCCAUUGCCGAUCUGGACGAUGAGCUCAUAGAUCAGAUUGAGCAGGAAGCACGGACCAUUCCGACGGUGCUGCGAAUUUCGGCGAACGACAAGCUGAUGAAAAAAUAUUUCGGAGUGUACAGCCAUACCGCCAAUGAGUUUCGUUUCCGUUCCGGCGAACGCCGGAUGAUGAAGAAUAUUGCCGUGGCGGUACGGAGGAAAGGUUUGGAUAGCUUCAUCCAGUCGUUACGUACUAUUCAUCACCACGCCGAGACGAGACCGGUGGUAAGCUUGCAGUUGCAGAAUUACGAUCCACAGACGCUGAGACAGAUGCUGAGAGAAAAGGUGCUGAAUGCUGUGAACAACAAUCAAGCGGAGAUACUUCCAGAGUAUUUGAAAAUUAUUCAAGAUAAUCUCGACAUUCAAAUCGUGAACGAGCAAGGUGUCCCGGAUGCGUAUGUAUUCUGUCCACUGUGCAGCGCAAAGGCCAAGCUGUCGAAAGAUCGCACGGGCACUAUCAUUGUUUCCAAUUACACCCUCCACGUUCGGAAAUACCAUGGCUUUGGACCACUGAGUCAAGGGGUGAAGCGCAAAUUGGAGGAGUUCGGACCGGCCGAGUACAUCCCGGAGCAUAUGCUCGACCAGAUAAUUAAGGAAGAACCGGACACCAGCGGUUAUGAUCAAAGUUCCUCGAAUGGGUACUUUCAGAUAUAGAAAGUCCAAAGGCUGAUUUUACAGUAUUAAUGUCGUACUAUUAGAUGUAAGUGAGAAUAGGUCACCAUUUAUUAGGGCUCGAUUUUGUUCAGAUAUUGUUUCGUGAUUGAGCUUCCACAUGCCUAAUUUUAUAUACUGCUUCUGAAAGAUCAAAACGUUUUUAAUUUUAAGUGUAAAAUUGUAAGUGAAUCAAUAUCAUUGUAAAAUACAAAAUGAAUCGAUCUUCUAUUUUUUGGAAUCGAAAAAUCCUAAAUUAUUUUUUAUUAGUUGAAAGUUAGAAAGUAUGUCACGAUUUGCUGAGGUGCAAUAAAAUUACCGUUUGAAUGAAAUUGAA